UUUGACCACUAAGAGAAUGGCGGACAUCGAAGAUUCCUUGACACAGGCCGGAGAAACUGAUUCUAUCGCUUCUGCUCUCAAAGAACUAUCUCCUUCACCUAAAAAAGACGAAAAUAAAGGCAGGGAGCAGAAGGAAGAUUCCAUAGAGCCAAUUCCUCCUCGUCUUAGACUCGCCCGCCGACUCUCUUCAUCAUCAUCUCCAAUAUAUUCUCCUUCCUUUAACCAGAAGGACUGGCCUUUCUUUACAUGCCUCGCUCUUGUUACGGUCCUCUCUUUUGCAACUAGACUCUACACAUUGAACGAGCCACAGCAUGUAGCGUGGGAUGAAACUCAUUUCGGGAAACACGCCAGCUGGUAUAUUCAAGGAAAGUUUUUCUUUGACGUGCACCCUCCAUUAGGAAAACUCAUCAUAGCCACUGCUGGAGUCCUAUCAGGCUACAACGGCUCAUUUGAGUUUAAAGAACCUGGACAGAAGUACGAGGACACUCCUUAUUACGGAAUGAGACUUGGUUGUGUCCUUUUUGGUAUAUUUCUUGUCCCGUUGGCUUUUCUGACCGUUUGGGAACUUGUUCAUUCAUUAUCUGCUUCAGUUAUAGCAGCGACCAUGAUACUGUGUGAGACAGGAACACUAACCCUCUCGCAGUACAUAUUGCUCGAUCCUCCUCUGAUGUUUUUUGUGAUGGCAUCCACUUAUUGUGCAGUUAAAUUUCAAAGCUAUAAAGAAGAACCUUACACAUUAGAGUGGUGGUACUUCUUAGUGCUCACUGGAAUAUUCCUAGCCUGUACAUUUAGUGUAAAAUGGGUUGGAUUGUUUGUCAUUCUUUUGGUUGGUCUCAUGACGAUUAAAGAUCUCUGGGAUAUACUGGGGGACCUCAGGAUAUCAAUGGUAUUCACGCAUGUUGAUUUUAUGAAGCAGUUUAUGUGUCGUGCACUUUGUCUGAUUUUACUACCUUUCUUGAUAUAUAUCAGCAUAUUUGAGCUUCACUUUAUUGCUCUGAGAUACAGUGGUAAUGGUGAUGGUUUCUUUAGUUCUGAGUUUCAAGCAACACUAGUGGGGAAUGAAUUAUAUGACCAAAAAGUCCCUGAAUUCCUUGGUUACGAUGCCGUUAUUACUCUCAAGAACCACAGAGGAGGGGGAGGUCUCCUACACUCUCAUUCUCACCUUUAUCCUGAGGAAAUGGCCGAGAUAAGACAACAACAAGUUACAGCAUACUCACACAAAGAUGAUAAUAACAAGUGGUUGGUUAAGAGAGCAAAUGAUACUAAUUUCAAUGCUAGUGAUGAAUAUCAGUUGGUAAAGAAUGGUGAUUGGAUUGUCCUGGAGCAUGUAUCCACAAAGCGUAAUCUUCACAGUCACAAUAUUGAUGGGCCGAUAACUAAAUCUCACAAACAAGUUUCGUGUUAUGGGCAGGAUGGAGUGGGUGACGCUAACGACUUCUGGGAAGUUGACAUAGUCGGUGCUAAACAAGGUGAUCCUGUCAGGACGGUUGCUUCACGGCUUCGUUUCAGACAUGUUGCCGUCGGCUGCUACCUUCACUCUCAUAGCAAGCAACUACCAAAGUGGGGCUGGGAGCAGCUAGAGGUCACAUGUAAUCCUUAUAAAGAUGACUCAAACAACCUCUGGAAUGUUGAAGGGAAUGUUAAUCCAAAGUUGCCUAAUAUCUCAUUUGAGUUCUACAAGCCUGGCUUCUUCUCAAAGCUAAUAGAGUCACAUCAAGUGAUGGCUGAGUCCAAUAACAAUAUGAAGCCUAAAGAAGGAGAGCAGACUUCUCAGCCAUGGCACUGGCCUUUAACCUGGCAGGGCCAGUUAUUCUCUGGUGGUGAUUACAGAGUUUAUCUGUUAGGGAAUCCAAUUAUAUUCUGGGGCUGUGAUGUCCUCCUGAUUCUCUUUGUCCUUUUUGUUCUAAUGAAGUUGGUAGCUGAUCAGAGAUCAGUCAACUAUCUCUCAAUAUCAGUGUUUGUUAAUAGGUUUGUGUCUUCUGGUUGUUUCCUGAUACUAGGUUGGGCAUUACACUACCUUCCCUUCUACCUAAUGGGUAGGGUCCUCUACUUUCAUCAUUAUUUCCCUGCACUGAUGUUCAUCGUGAUGCUAGGAGCUAUAGUAAUUGACUCAUUCAUUAAACUCAUAACUUGUCUCAUCUCAUCUCGAGUCAAGUCCUUCUUCUUUUUCUCUGCCUUUACUCUUGUGAUGUCCGUAUUGAUUGGAAGUUUUGCUACAUUCAUGCCACUCUCCUAUGGCAUGUCUGGCUCCAAGUCAGAUAAUCCCGAGAGCAGAAUGUACGGCUUGAAAUGGCUUCCACAUUGGGACAUUUAGCAAAAUUAGAGGUUAUUAUUCUUAUUAAUAUUAUUUUCUUCUCUCUCUCUCUCUCUCUCUCUCUCUCUCUCUCUCUUCCUCCCCAAAAAUCAUCAUAAAACACGGUUGCACACACCCACACAGAACUCAUUGUUAUUAUUAUAAUAUUAGUUUUGGUCCUUUUUAUUUGUGUUGGGGGCAUUUUCUUAAUCAAUAAUAAAUAAAUAUUAUUAAUAAAAGUGAA